AUGGACUCCUCCGGGUGGCAGCCGUAUCAGGAUCCCCUGAUGGGGCGCCCGGCGCAGUUCAAUAGUGGGUUGGCGUCUCAUCCCCAGCAGCUGGGCACCAAAUACGGUCAGCCGCCAGCCCAGACACAGCCGCCCGUCGGAUACACCUACGAGACCUUUCAAACUCCCGGCACCUCCUCCAAGACUCCCUCCGCCAACUCCAACUCCAAGCCCAUCUCCAUGGGGUCGUCUCCCACCGCCCCGCCACGUAGUCGGGAUUAUGUCACUGAUGCGGAUACCACCAUGGAGGAUGCGGAUCCAUACAACCGGUCCAAGUAUCCAUCAAGGCCGAAUCAACACACUCGCGCGUCGUCUCAAUUCCUCGCCCAGGCCGAGGAGUCGUCAGCUGCUCGCAGAUAUUCUCCGAUGAACGUGCUGUCGCCGCCGAUGUCAUACCCUGCCAGCCCCGGGAAAUCUCAAGGCUCAUACGGCUUCCCUCCCACAACCCCAGGACAGAGCCGACGCUCGCCUGCCAGAGCGGCCGACUACUCGUCUCCCCCUCAGGGAUAUCAAUCACCGCCCGACCCCAUCUGGACUAACGCCGUGCUCGCCCCAGCCUCCAACCGCCCCCCUCGACUUCCCCCUCUUCAAGCAGCCGACCUCAGCCCGGACCAGUAUUACCCCCCCUCGGCCUCCUCCCAUAUGAGUGCUCCGUUCGGUCCAGGUGCGCGGUCGCCGCGAUCGGGCUCCUUGCCGUCGCAAGUCCCCGGCCGCGGCCCCGUCCCCAAGUUCCAGAAGAUCAAGUCCGUUCAGGAGUUGCAGCCGCGGGUUCACACGCAGCCCGCAUAUCGCCGUGCCAAUCCCGAGGGUGGCUUCAUCAGUCCCCUCCAAGCGUUGACGACCCACCUCCCGGCGACAUAUCGUAUCUGCAACCCGAACUUCAACUACGAGUCCUCAAGGAACCCACGACGCGUGUUGACAAAGCCGAGUAAGGGCGUGAAGAAUGACGGUUAUGAUAACGAGGAUAGCGAUUAUAUUCUCUACGUCAAUGACAUCUUGGGUAGCGAAGAGGCUGGUCACAAGAACCGGUAUCUCAUUCUCGAUGUGUUGGGCCAGGGUACCUUUGGACAGGUGGUGAAGUGCCAAAACCUGAAGACGCAGGAAGUCGUGGCUGUCAAGGUCAUCAAGAACAAGACGGCGUAUUUCAAUCAGAGUAUGAUGGAAGUGUCUGUAUUGGACUUGCUUAACAGCAAGUACGAUAAGAAUGAUGACCACCACCUUCUCCGCCUGAAGGAUACCUUCAUUCACCGCCAGCAUCUCUGUCUGGCCUUUGAGCUUCUCAGUGUCAACCUUUACGAGCUGAUCAAGCAAAACCAAUUCCGGGGCUUGAGCACCACGCUUGUCCGUGUCUUUGCACAGCAGCUUUUGAACGCAUUGAGUCUUUUGAACAAGGCUCAUUUGAUCCACUGCGAUUUGAAACCUGAGAAUAUCCUUUUGAAGAAGUCAGUGGACCCAGACACCUUCGACCCUUUCGGAACGCCCCGUACUAACCCUGAGUCUCUCCACAGUCUUGAGAGCCCCAUUAUCAAGGUCAUCGAUUUCGGCUCGGCGUGUGAUGAACGCCAAACCGUUUAUACCUACAUUCAAUCGCGUUUCUAUCGCUCGCCAGAAGUGUUGCUCGGACUGCCAUACUCAUCCGCGAUCGACAUGUGGUCUCUCGGAUGCAUUGUCGUCGAGCUCUUCCUCGGUCUGCCUCUAUUCCCCGGCUCCUCUGAGUACAAUCAGGUCUGCCGUAUCGUCGAAAUGUUGGGGCUUCCCCCUACAUGGAUGUUGGAGAUGGGCAAGCAAUCGGGCGACUUCUUUGAGAAGACUCAGGACGAGUACGGUCGGAAGACGUAUCGUCUCAAAAGUCUGGAGCAGUAUUCGCGCGAGCACAACACUAAGGAGCAGCCCAGCAAGAAGUAUUUCUCGGCGUCCACCUUGGAGGAAAUUAUUCGAAGCUACCCCAUGCCGAGGAAGAACAUGAAGCAAGCCGAGAUCGAGCGAGAACUCAACAACCGCGUCGCAUUUAUCGACUUUGUACGUGGUCUGCUGACUAUCAAUCCGCUCGAGCGGUGGUCGCCUCAGCAAGCCAAGUUGCACCCGUUCAUUACCCAGCAGAAGUUCACCGGCCCAUUCGUGCCACCCAUGAACCUGAAGUACUCGACCAUCAACAAGGCCGUGGCUCCUGGCGUUCAGCAGCAACAGCAGGCUGAGGCUGCUAGCAAGCAGAGAGCGGCUCAAGCGGCCCAUGCGCAGUCGGCAUAUAACAUGCAGCUGAACCAGUACCACACGCCCCCAGCCCACGCCACCCAAGCUGCGCCGAUAUACAAUGGCAUGUACCAGCAGGGUGCUCCGCCUCCGUAUCCGACACAACCACCGGGCUACAGUCAUCAAAUGGGUCUUAUUCCAGGCCAGGUGCCUCAGCAACAACAACAACAACAACAACCACAGUAUGCACCUUCGCAGAGCCUCUAUGCCCAGGCAACGACACGGGCUGGACGGCAACGUGCGUCGACGAUGGACCCUCAAGGAGGCGGCAUUCCACCCACGAUCCAGCGCGUGGCCAGCCACCUGGAUCCCAACGCACCGAUUCGUCUGCAGCCCAGCCCGGCGUACUACCCCCCUCCGCCCGACGGCUACGUGGAUCCCAACAACGCCAACCAACGGCGUCGUGGCAGCCGUACCGGUGGACAAGGAAACCAACGCAACCGGGACUUUAUCCGCACUCUUGAGGAUGGUGUCCUUGGUGAAGGAUACAUGGGCCAGAACCAGUGGCACUAG